AUGCCUACUAAAUAUUCUAUUACAUCAAUUUCAAUUACACCUAUGAUUCAUGAUGAAACUACGUUUAAUGAACAUAGACGAGUUGCACGCAUUGCCAAAACAAUUGAUUAUAAUAAUAUUCCGUCUAAUAUUGAUCCAUUAAUUAAAGCAAAAUUACUAAAACGACGAGAACGGGCCAAUUCUAUUAUUAUUCAUUAUACACAUGAAAGACAUUUUUCACAUUAUAAACGAGCAUUUCAUCAAAUAUGGAAUGAUACAUAUCAUAAUACACCAGUCCAAACAACAAAACUUAUUGUUGGUAGUCGAAACAAUCCAAAUAUUUGCAAAAAAACUUGUUAG